UCAUGCGCGGGAGUCGCGUAUAUAACCAUAAGAGAGAGCGAAGGUGCCAGGAAGCUUCUCAGGGUUGCCGGAACAGACCUAGCAUGAGCCUCUCGCCUUCGCCCCAAAGGCGCUGGCCGCGGCAGGAUGAGGAAUCCAGUGGCGGUGCCAAUGGCGGAGCCGAUGGUUCCGAGGACGAGACCGACGCAUUCGAUAUCCCACAGCCAAAGAAAGCGUCGCUUGAGCGGCUAAAGCGUUGGAGGCAAGCUGCACUUGUGCUGAAUGCAUCCCGUCGCUUCCGUUACACACUAGAUCUGAAAAAGGAAGAAGAAAAGGAGCAGACAAGAAGAAAAAUAAGGGCCCAUGCUCAAGCAAUACGGGCAGCAUUUUUGUUCAAGGAAGCUGGGAAAGCACAGCUCCAUGUAACUGGUGAUCUAGACGAGCUCCACACAAGCGCUCAUGGCUUUGGAAUUGGGUGUGAACGGCUUGCUGCCUUGACCCGGGACCAUGAUAGCUCUUCCUUGCAAGGACUUGGAGGAGUUGAAGGGCUGGCUAAUUUGCUCAAAACAAACCUGGAUAAAGGGGUUUCUGGGGAUGAUGAUGAAGCUCGGAGGAAUGAAUUUGGUGCAAAUACAUAUCCACGUAAAAAGGGGAGGAGUUUCUUGGUCUUUCUUUGGGAAGCCUGUCAAGAUACAACUCUUAUCAUCCUAAUGAUUGCUGCGGCACUUUCUCUUGGAUUAGGCAUUAAGACUGAGGGAAUUAAGGAAGGAUGGUAUGAUGGUGCAAGCAUUGCAGUUGCUGUUCUCAUUGUGAUUCUCGUCACAGCUAUUAGUGAUUACAGACAGUCUUUGGAGUUCCAAAAUUUGAAUGAGGAGAAGAGAAACAUAAAGCUUGAGGUCAUCAGAGGUGGUCGAAGAGUUGAGGUCUCAAUAUUUGAUAUUGUGGCUGGUGAUGUUGUGCCCUUAAAAAUUGGUGAUCAGGUUCCAGCAGAUGGUGUGCUUAUUGUUGGGUAUUCUCUUGCAAUUGAUGAGUCUAGUAUGACAGGAGAAAGCAAAAUUGUUCACAAGGAUCAGAGAGAUCCUUUUUUGAUGUCUGGCUGCAAGGUUGCUGAUGGCUAUGGCAACAUGCUGGUAACGGGUGUUGGAUUAAACACGGAAUGGGGAUUACUGAUGGCUAGUAUAUCCGAAGAUAAUGGUGAAGAAACACCUUUGCAGGUGCGUCUAAAUGGUGUGGCUACUUUUAUUGGCACUGUGGGUCUCGUGGUAGCUGUUACUGUUCUUUUGGUCCUCUUGAUCAGAUACCUAUCUGGUCACACCAAAAAUUCGGAUGGUUCAGUUCAAUUUAGGUUUGGGGAGAAGAGUGUUGGUACUGCAUUCGAUGGGAUUGUCCGGAUCAUAACCAUAGCGGUUACUAUUGUGGUUGUCGCGGUUCCUGAGGGUCUUCCACUGGCCGUGACCUUGACUCUGGCUUAUUCGAUGAGGAAAAUGAUGAUGGAUAAAGCCCUGGUGCGCAGGCUUUCAGCUUGUGAAACUAUGGGAUCUGCAACAGUAAUUUGUAGCGAUAAAACUGGGACACUCACCUUGAAUCAGAUGACCAUUGUUAGGGCGUUUGUUGGUGGAAAAAUCUUAGAAGCACCUGAUAAAAUUGAGUUGAUACCAUCUAGAAUAUCUUCUCUUUUAACUGAAGGAAUUGCGCAUAACACGACAGGAAGUGUUUUCAUUUCGGAGGAUGGUGGAGUUACUGAAGUAACUGGUUCACCUACAGAAAAAGCUAUUCUUUCUUGGGGACUUAAGAUUGGUAUGAAGUUUGAGGAGUUGCGAUCACAAUCAUCAGUUGUACAUGUCGUACCUUUUAAUUCAGAGAAGAAAUGUGGUGGGAUUGCCAUAAAACUGGUAAAUAAAUCAGAGUCAGAUGUGCACAUACACUGGAAAGGUGCUGCAGAGCUUGUCCUUGCCUCAUGUAGUCACUGGUUUAAUCAAAAUGGAUCAUUUCAGGAGAUUACACCUGAUAAGAUGGAUGAGAUUAAGAAUGUCAUUGAAAUGAUGGCAGCUGAGAGCCUGCGGUGUGUUGCAUUUGCUUUCAGAAACUAUGAUAUGAGAAAUAUUCCAACCAUUAUGGAGCAGCGAGAACAGUGGCUGAUACCAGAUAAUGACCUUUCUUUAUUGGCAAUUGUCGGGAUAAAGGAUCCUUGUCGUCCAGGUGUGGAAGAAGCGGUUGCCCUCUGUAAAAAUGCUGGAGUGAGGGUAUGUAUGGUUACUGGUGACAAUAUUCAGACAGCAAAGGCUAUUGCGUUGGAGUGUGGUAUUCUUGAUUCAGAAGCAGCAGCAAUGGAGCCAAUUGUUAUCGAAGGGCGAACAUUUCGCAACUAUUCAGAAACAGACAGGCCAAAUCUUGCAAGCCAAAUAUCUGUGAUGGGAAGAUCUUCCCCUAAUGAUAAACUUCUACUUGUGCAAGCAUUAAGGAAAAAUGGGGAUGUUGUGGCUGUUACUGGAGACGGUACAAACGAUGCACCUGCACUGCAUGAGGCAGAUAUAGGUCUUGCAAUGGGUAUCCAAGGAACUGAGGUUGCAAAGGAAAAUUCUGACAUAAUUAUCAUAGAUGAUAAUUUUUCAUCAGUUGUAAAGGUCGUCCGUUGGGGUCGCUCUGUAUAUGCAAAUAUUCAGAAAUUCAUACAAUUCCAACUGACUGUGAAUGUCGCAGCUCUUGUAAUAAAUGUUGUUGCUGCUGUCUCUGGUGGGAAUGUGCCCUUGACAGCUGUUCAGCUUCUGUGGGUUAAUCUCAUAAUGGAUACACUUGGGGCACUUGCAUUGGCUACUGAGCCACCUACAGAUGAACUCAUGCGGAGAGCUCCAGUUGGUAGAAGGGAUCCUCUUAUAACCAACAUUAUGUGGCGAAACAUUAUCGUUCAAGCACUGUAUCAAGUCACACUUCUUCUUGUCCUGAAUUUUGAUGGUAUACCUAUACUGCACCUUUCAAAUAAGUCGAAAGCAGAGGCUGAAGAUGUCAAGAAUACUUUUAUCUUUAACUCCUUUGUCAUGUGCCAAGUAUUCAAUGAGUUCAAUUGCCGGAAACCUGAGGACUGGAAUAUCUUUUCUGGAAUCACUGGAAACUACCUUUUUAUGGGGAUAAUAACUAUAAGCGUUACUUUUCAGGCUCUGAUUGUAGAAUUCCUUGGGAAAUUUGCUUCCACUGUUAAGUUGACUUGGCAGUUGUGGCUUGCCUCUAUUGCUAUUGGUUUCUUAAGCUGGCCUCUGGCAUUUCUUGGCAAACUUGUACCUGUCCCCAGUGAGCCGUUUGCUGAGUAUUUCAAAUGGAUAUGGCGUUGCAAAGCAGGCCAUGCUUAUGAUGAGGAUCGUCAAGAUGAUCACUGAGGAUAAGUUCGUCAAUCAACGUGUUUUGCUCCUGAAUUCCUGUGUCCUUUGUCAUGUUGAUCAAGAAAGGAAUGGGGUACAUGGAUCCAGAUUUUUUUGUUUAUAAUUUUGCUUUGAUUCUUUGGGUUUAUUGUUGUGUAAAUAUGGUAUGGAAUUGUAUAUGGUUAUCUUUAGGAUUGUCAUUCUUACUUUGAA